AUCUUGUGUCUGCCACCUGCAUUAAAGCUAGCUGAUACUCUGAAAAACAAGAACAAUAUGUUCUAAACCCAGAAAAACCCCACAAAUCUUGACUAUUUGUUAGUUUGUGACUCUUUUUCAACCAAUAUUUCUUCCUCCUCAAACUUGACAAACCCUUUACUACCCUUCUCUCUCUGAAGUUUUCAAUAAUCCCUAUAACAAGGAAAUAAAAGAGGCUAACUUUCUCUCUCUAAAAUGAGCAGCACUUUUCAAGCUGCAUUUUUCUUGUUCGUCUUACUGCAAAUAACCAUUUUUUCUUCUUUAGGGUAUGAUGAUUUUGAACCUUCAGAAGAAGAAUGGGAGUCUGCUACAGCAACAUUCACUAAGGAAGCAAAUGGGUCUAUUAUUACUGAAGGGGCAUGUGGUUAUGGUGACCUGCAUAAGGCAACAUAUGGAAGAUAUGUGACAGGAUUAAGCACAACAUUGUUCAACAGAGGAAGUACUUGUGGAGCUUGCUAUGAGAUUAGGUGUGUUGAUCAUAUAAGAUGGUGUCAACCUGGGAGUCCUUCAGUAUUUGUUACUGCUACUGAUUUUUGUGCCCCAAAUUAUGGUCUUUCUCCUGAUUAUGGUGGGUGGUGCAAUUUUCCUCGCCAACAUUUUGAGAUGUCUGAAACUGCAUUCACUGAAAUUGCUGUCAAGUCAGCUGAUAUUGUUCCAAUUCAGUUCAGGAGGAUCGAGUGUGAAAGAGAUGGUGGGAUGAAGUUCACUAUGACAGGAAACGCGAACUACUACCAAGUACUUAUAACGAAUGUGGGAUUGGAUGGUGAAGUUACGGGAGUCAAGAUUAAGGGUACAAGAACCGGAUGGAUACCGAUGGCACGAAAUUGGGGACAACUUUGGCAAUGUAAUAUCAAUCUCAAAGGGCAAGCCCUCUCAUUUGAGGUUACUACGAGUAGUCAAAAAUCGGUGACAUCUUUCAAUGUAGCUCCGGGAAAUUGGCAGUUCGGACAGACGUUUGAAGGCAAACAGAUAUACAAUUAUUAGAAUGCUUAUAGAAACAUGGAAGUAUGGCUGCACUUUGAGUUCUUAGGCUUCUAAGAGGCCUGAAUUUUGUAAACUAUAAGUAAGAAACAUAUAGUGUUGAUUGAGUGAAAAAGCUAUUGAAACAACUUUUGCUUUCUUAUGUUGUUGUUUUUGUUUUAUUGAUGCUUUAAUAUGCUUUGCUUUACUUAUGGGACAAAGGGCACUUACUCAUGAUGAAAUCUCCACUUAUAGCCAAGGAAAGUAAGUGGUUGCUAAUUGCAAUGCACCACCAUAAAUGAAGAAUUGCCUUGAUCAAUACUUGAUUAGAG